AUGUUUUUAUUAUUACGACCAAUCUGCAGAUUGCAGAGAAUACAAGGACACAUGAUGUCGAGUAAAGCUGGGUCUGAAGUUCUGUUUGAGAAAGUUGGGAACGCUGGAGUCAUCACACUAAACAGACCCAAAGCUCUCAAUGCUCUGAAUCUCACCAUGAUCAGACACAUCUACCCUCAGCUCAAGAAAUGGGACAAAGACUCAGAAACAGAUCUAGUGAUCAUUAAAGGAGCAGGGGAGAAGGCAUUCUGUGCUGGUGGGGAUAUCAGAGCUGUCACAGAAGCUGGAAAAGCAGGCGAUUCUCUCGCUCAAGACUUCUUCCGUGAGGAAUAUAUUCUUAACAACACUAUUGGUACAUAUCAGAAACCAUAUGUGGCUCUAAUUGAUGGAAUUACAAUGGGAGGAGGCGUGGGUCUUUCAGUUCAUGGACGGUUUCGUGUGGCCACUGAGAAGACACUGUUUGCCAUGCCUGAGACGGGCAUUGGUAAGAGGCAGCCUGUGUUCCUCUCUCUCCCUGAGGGCUGUAACUGGAUUGCAUCUCUUGAGAAGGAUCUUGUUGAUCUGAAGUCUCCAUCUAACAGUGAUGUGGCCCAACUGCUGGAUUCUUAUCAAGAACAGAGCAGUCUGGAUGCUGAGAAACCUUUCGUACUGCAAGAACAGACAGAGGCCAUUGACAGGCUCUUUUCAGCUGGAAGUGUGGAGGAGAUCAUGGAAAACCUUAAGAAAGAUGGCUCUGCUUUUGCUCUCAAACAGACUGAGGUGCGUCCAGGGAUAGUGAUUAAACAUAUUUUAAAAAAUAAAUUGACCCAAAAGCGAAAAUUGUUGUGAUUAAAAAUUUC